UAUUUGGGUAUUUUUAUUGUGAUCAAUGUUCACAUUCACGUUAUGAGGCGUUGACAAGAUUUCGCGGGAAAAAGCAAAUCUUUCAAUGACAGAAAUUUUCAGACGAUAGAAGAACUGUCUGACCGAAGAGCUCGGAUUUUGAGAGUUUCAUCGACGGAAGCCAUUCAGCUGACAGCAGGGGUGUAAGUUAGGUUUAAGAGGAAGCAUGAAGACCAGAAGCAGGCAAGGAUCUGCUGUGCAGGCUGUGUUAACCAUAGCAACAAGAGGCAGGAUUACAUUCUCUCCACCAGUCAAGAAGGAGGAACAGCCACUCCAGCCUCCUCCCCAAGCAGCCCAACCUCCAGCAUCAGAGGAUGCAGGGAGCAUCGGUCAGCGGUUGAGGAAGAAAAGAAAUGACAAAGCAGAAAUACCGGCAGAGGUUAAUAUGGAAGAUGCGCAGAAAGUGAACAACACGAAGGCAACAAGCAAGAGGGAACAGCAACCUGCUGUGCAGAAAGUGGACAGCACAAAGACAGUAUCUGGGAGAGAAGUGCAGCCAGGUAUGCAGAAAGAGGAGGGUGGCAAAGGUGGGAUGAAAACAUCAGGCAACAGGAAGCGGAAAGUUGAAGAUGAAGACUGGGAGGAUUCUGGGAUGGAGACGGAUGACUCGGUCUCCGGAUGGGAGGACACCUCGGGUGUGGUGGGAACGAUGCCAACUCUCCGCCAGGUGAGGUUCCCUCCACCACCUCCUGGAGAGUCUGAGGAGGACAAGAAGAAGAGAGAGGAGAUGGAGGAGGCAGAGAGGAAGAAGGCCUGGGCUGAGUGGCAGUUUGCUGCGGCUACGGAGAGGAACCGGAUUCGUGCCGAGCAUGACAGGAAGGCGGUACAACGGGAGCUUAUGCACCGCAGAUGGCUAAAAAGUCUAAGUAAGAAGGAGCGGAAGAAAUAUGAAAGGACUGCCAAGAACAAGGAAAGCCUGAGAGCUAUGCGUGAUGAGAGGUCUUUGUUGGAGCUGCAGUCUGACCUUGUCUCUGCUCUGCAGGUUGGUCACAUUGAUGUCCCAGCUGCUGUUUCUGUGCUGAAGAAGAUGCGGGACAUUGUGUUCACCCAGAGACUGCUGACCAACCAGCCGACAAUUGUCUACACACUUCAUAAAGUGCGUGAGUUUGCAGGGAGUCGGCAGGUUCAGAAGCUGGCGCAUCGCCUGUACUUGUCCUGCAGGAUUCCCUUCAUGGUGUAUGAGGGAGAAUCUUUCAUCCAGGCAUUUGAAAGGGGUCGGCAAGAUCUGCUGGAGAGAGAUGCCAGAAACCUGGAGGAGGAGCUGGCUAGAAAAGCAGAAAGAGCAAUAAGGAAAAUGAAGGAAGCUGAAGACCAGGUGGUACCUGGGGAAGAGAAACUCCCCCUCCCAAACCCAGCAGAGACCUGGGACACAGAAGCCGUGGUACCAGGACAGUAACCUUAACUGUAGUCUGUAUAAUGCAAAUUCCACUGUCCAGGGCUGUAUCUGUGUUGGCAAUGUUGGGCAUGCUGUAUAGAAGCGUGAUUAAAUCAGGCUACCUGAACUGAGACCCAAGGCACAGAAGCUAUGGUGAGGACCUGAACUAACUCAUUGCUUCAGGUUCUGUUCUGUUCUGUUCACUUGUACAGGGACUUACACAAGGUGUUUAAUGACACAUAAGAUAUACAAAACUUAUGGGAUGACAGUACAUGUGAAUCUGGAGAGACGUUGUUUUGAUGAUAGUUUAAUGCAGUGUUAGAACGUUGAAAUAGCCAUGAUUAUUGUCAGCUUCCCACUUUACAUAGUCUAUGCCUUAGUAGUGUAUAUAUAUAUAUAUAUAUCCUCCAGUUGAGUAUGAUAAACAAACUGGUGCCACUGUUUUACAUUCACUGUUGGCACUGCUUAAUUGCAGGCAGAUUCCUGAAUGUGUAAUGAAAUUAAAAAACAGUUCUGAUUUA